AUGCAGCACAGUAACGACUUGCGGCGCUCUCGUAUCAUCGCGAGCAUAGCCGCUACGGCCAUCGCCCUCGCCUGUGGUUCCAACUAUGUCUACUCGGCAUGGGCGCCGCAGUUUGCCGAGAAGCUCAAGCUCUCGGCCACUGAGAGCAAUUUGAUCGGACUUUUUGGCAACCUGGGCAUGUACUUGCUCGGAGUCCCCAUCGGCAUGUUCAUCGAUAACCGCGGCCCCCGGCCUGCCGUCCUGGGUGGCGCCCUGCUUCUCGCCGUGGGCUACUUCCCUCUCCACCAGGCCUACGACAGCGGGUCCGGUUCCGUUUUGUUGUUGUCCUUCUUCUCGUUCCUGUCUGGACUUGGUGGCUGCAUGGCGUUUGCGGCAGCCAUCAAGACCUCGGCGCUUAACUGGCCAGGUCACCGCGGCACCGCGACCGCCUUCCCCCUCGCUGCCUUUGGACUGAGCGCCUUCUUCUUCUCGACCAUCGGUGGACUCUUCUUCCCGGGAGACACAAGCGCGUUCUUGAUGCUCCUCGCCGCCGGAACCUGCGGCAUCACCUUUAUCGGUUUCUGGUUUCUCAAGGUCCACGCCAACUCGCCCUACCAGGCCGUAUCCGAUGAGGACGACUCCGAGCGACAGACACAAUACCGCCGUCCUAGUGGCCCUCGCCGCGCCUCAUCCAAGGAGGCCAAAGCACGCCGAGACCUCGGCAAUCUAGAUGACGAUCUUGAACCUGGUACGUCGACAACAGCAGCCUCAUCUUCUACCCGGGACCCAGAAACCCCUGCCGUCAACUCCGCGGUAGAGCGCCGCGCGAGCGCCGACGAAACGUCCUCCCUCAUAUCCAGCUCCGACGUCGAAGAACUAGUGGGAAGAAGCAGUGUUGAUUUGGAUAUGUCCCAUCGACUAGAUAUCCGUGGAUUUAGCCUCCUCCGUAGUCUCGACUUUUGGCAACUCUGGCUCAUCAUGGCCAUCCUUGCUGGUAUUGGCAUCAUGAGCAUUAACAACAUCGGAAACAACGCCAAGAGCCUUUGGCAGCGAUACGACAAGGACGUGAGUCGAGAGUUCCUCGUGGGCAGACAGCAGAUGCACGUUUCUAUUCUGUCCAUCGGUAGCUUCUUGGGCAGACUUUCGAGCGGUGUCGGAUCCGACUUCCUCGUCAAGAAGAUGCACGCCAGCCGUGUAUGGUGUCUCGUUGUGGCCACCCUCGUCUUCUUCCUAGCCCAGGCCUGCGCCCUCACCAUCGAAGACCCUCACUACCUGGUUCUGGUAUCCAGUCUCUCGGGUAUCGGCUACGGUUUCCUAUUUGGCGUCUUUCCGUCUAUCGUGGCCGAAUCAUUUGGCAUCCGUGGCCUCAGCCAGAAUUGGGGUUUCAUGUCCAUGGCUCCUGUCAUCUCGUCCAACGUCUACAACCUGUUUUACGGCCACAACUUUGACAAACACAGCACGACACUUCCCGACGGCGAGCGCGUUUGUCUCGACGGCAUCGACUGCUACAGGUCGGCCUACUGGAUGACCUUUGGCGCCUGUGGCGUUGGACUCGUCUUUUCCCUAUGGGUCAUCCACCACCAGCGCGUCCACCAGAGGUUGCCUAACAAGGGCAAUGAAGAGGACUGA